CGUUCCUCAAUUCAUUUAGUUCCUUGCUUAUAAUCGGAAGCCGGAUCUGAAAACCUAAGACAUUUAUAUUGAAGAGUGUCAGGCACAACGCUUGAUUCAUCUGAAAAUGGGAUCAACCGCACGUUCAGCCUCCACCAAAGUGGUACUUGUCCCUUGGGACCCAGAUUCCCGGGCUCACGCCGAGAGAAUGGUUCAACAAAGAAUCGCUUGUGGCUGGCAUCAAGAUACUGUGCCCAAGUGGCAGAUUCGACAGCGGGAGGGGAAGAAAAAUUUGCAAUGGAUAGUAAUUCAUGUAGAGGAUGCCAAUUGCGAAGAUUAUCUGGCGAAGCAUCUCACAGCGCACCCACAGGAAAGCACCACUCUAGUCGAUACCGCAGCAUCACUUGGGGGAAAGACUCGACAACCAGAUUCGACGGUAGAAUUCGUGCCAGUUGGUCAUAUUUCAUUGGAUACCGAGUACGAGAGUCCAGAAUACAAUGAUCCUUCUCCAGGGACCUACUUCAUAUCAACAUUCUACGUCUCGCAGGCCCUUCAAGGAUCAGGUAUAGGCCGAGGGGCGAUGGACAUUGUAGAGAAAACUGCGAUCUCAGAGCCACUGUGCGCCAAAAGAUUGGCACUGAGUACGACAGACAAAGACGAUCCUCUGAGAGUGGCCAAACAUGCUGCAUAUGGAAAGCCAGUCCCAAAGGUCACUAACCAAGACUGGUACGAAAGAAGAGGUUAUGAGAUUUAUAGGAAAGUUGAGAAUAUGUGGUCAGAGGUUGAUCCCACGGGGAAGAUCUGGCAGGCUCCUGCGGUUUUUAUGAGGAAAGAGAUCACCUCAUGAUAGAAACAGUUUGGAGAGUUAGCAGGAGGGUGGGUAGAAGCAUCGCUGGCAAGCUUUGCACAUUCUGAGUCACCGAUCAUAGAAAGUUUCCAUGAUUUGGAAUAGAAAGUUGUGAGGAAGCAGAACAGCAUCUCAAGACAUACAGAAAAGACUCUGGCCGCUGAAUUAGAUAGACAUCCCUGACAUGGGAGUAUUCUGCAGUUUCCAGUCCUGAGUUUAGAAUGUUAAUUUCGAUUCCAG